AUGGUCAAAUCCAAAGACACCGUCAUCGACGAAUUCAACUCCCUCGUCAACAUGACGCCCAACGAACUCCGCGACUGGCUCAAAGGCACCCAAUCACAGUCCUCGGGCUGGACGAACGAGUCGUCCUCGUCGGGGGAGACGAUUGGACAUGAAAGCGGCCGCAAAAUCGUCUCCAUCCUGGAACACAACCCGUCCAAGGAUCCAUCCGGGUACUCGGACGAAGACGUCGAUCAUAUGCGAAAGGUAGUGUCGUAUUGUAAACGGCAUUUGGCGCAGGAGGAGACGGCGAAGCAGAAUACGGAUAGUAAGAGUUAUAAGUCGUUGAAGAAUUGGGGGCAUGAUCCGUUGAAGGGAUAA